AUGACUGUGCAUUUGUGGGAAGAGAAAGUUUGGAUAGACGGGUGCUUUGAUUUCACGCAUCACGGACACGCUGGUGUGUUCUUGCAAGCUCGGCAAACCAUCGACCCUGAGGUUAGCGGUGGCAACGACGCGCUGAUCUGCGGUAUCCACAGCGAUGAGGACAUACGCGUCAACAAGGGUUGUUUGCCGGUGAUGCAGGAGCGGGAGCGGUACGAGCAUGCGCGGGCGAACAGGUGGUGCGACCAGGUCAUAGAAGGUGCUCCCUACGUGACGCAUCCAGACGUGAUGAACAAGUACGGAUGCAUGUAUGUGGUGCAUGGGGAUGACAUUACUUUGGACAAAGACGGCAACGACUGCUACCAGGAGAUGAAGGACUGCGGCAGGUACAAGUGUGUGAAGCGUACCGCUGGUGUGAGCACGAGUGACAUAAUCCAGCGGAUCCUUACUGGGUCGCGUGACCACCACUCGCGUCCCGAUGAAGUUGUGACUCUGGAGGAGCUGACCAAGUACAGUUACGACCGUGACGGGUACGGCCCAGGCUGCACUGUGUAUAGAGAAACCCUGGACAAUAUAGUGGUACGGGGCAAGACCGUACCCGAGCGUCUAGUGAUAGUGGAGGGCAAUUUUGACCUAUUCCACAUUGGCCACAUCAGUAAGUUCAAGAAGAUCAGAGCUGAUCAUCCGGAUAGGCAUGUUAUUGUGAGUGUGCGUACGAACGAAGACGAUAUCAUGACGCUAAAGGAGAAAGCACUCAGUAUCCUGAGCUGCAAGUACAUCGACGGCGUGGUGCUUGAUUUAGACAUGGGCACUCUUGCCACCGACAUCGUCACCAUCCAGAUCGACGAUAUAGAUGGCGGUGAAUUCGACUACUUAACCAAGGAAACCAUAGUGAACAGGAUAAUAUCGCAAAGAGAUGAGUAUGUAUCGCGGAAUAAACGCAAGGGUUUCUAA